AUGUCUAACGUUGAAUCGUACAAAUUGCUCGAGGAUGGAGAGGUCCCAGCUGCUGAGCCCGAGUUGGAGUCUGCUGUUCCAGUCAGCAAAGCAAAACGACAGUUCUUGGAAUCCUUACAGUCCGUGAAGACAUACUUUGAGUAUAUUAGGAAUAAUACGCCGAAGUGGAUUAGACCAGUCUGCGGUUUAUGGUCAUGCGUGUCCCUACUUGCUGCAAUGUUGGUUGCAGUGAUCUUAGCACUGGUUGUUCUGGGUGCUUUUGGAAGUGGUGUCGGUGAAGAUGUAUUGGGGUACAUUGAUCCCCUGAUUGGCRCGGGUCCUGGAGGCCAUGUCUUCGCAGGAGCCAGUCUGCCGUUUGGAAUGGCGAAGCCUGUUGCUGAUUCGAUGGGCAAGGAGAAGAUGGGAGGGUUUGCUUCUGACCAUGCGAGGAUCAACGCGUUCAGCAGCUUGCACGAUUCAGGCACGGGUGGAAGCCCGUCGAUGGGCAAUUUCCCAAUCUACCUGCAACCAUCUUGUCCGAACAUUACAGAGUGCAAGCUGAAUAAAGCCUACAGAGGCUCACCAUAUAUCUCAGAAUCAGUCAACGCAGCUCCUGGUUACUUCGCCAUUAGCUUGGAGUCAGGACUCCAUGCUGAGAUGACGGCGUCAGAACGAGCUUCACUGUUCAAGUUCACUUUCGCCAACAGUACCGACGUGCUACAUCCAGUUCUGAUGCAAGAUGGAUCCGAUCUUCCGGGCAGCCACGGACCAAGGUCGUUGUAUGUGAAUGCUAGCACCGGGAGGAUGACCGCCGAGGGACGUUUCAAUCCUUCAUUUGGCCAAGGGACCUACAAGACAUAUACUUGCAUUGACAUCAAAGGAGCCCAGGUUGAGUCUGUCGGGGGCUUCAACUUUACUGCAGUCUAUCCAGGUCUGACGUCCAUGCCUUCACCCACCCAGUACACGGGACCGAGACAAGGCGUUUACAUGCGGUUCAAAGACUUCCAGCAAGGCGACCAAUUUUUUGUCCGAGUCGGGUUGUCUUGGCUCAGCAUCGAACGUGCCUGCGAGAAUGCGGAAAAGCAGAUCGGAGACUGGAAUUUUGACCGUCUUCGAAGAGAGGCCGAGAAGGCGUGGAGGAAGAAGCUGUCGCCGAUACGAAUUGACUCAACGGGCGUGGAUCGAUCGCAUCUUCGCAAUUACUGGAGUGGCGUGUACCGCGCUUUUCUAAGUCCACAAGACUACACUGGUGAGAAUCAGCUCUGGAACAGCACGGAACCAUACUACGACUCCAUGUACUGCAUAUGGGACACGUUCCGCGGGGUUCACCCUUUCUUCACACUUGUUGAUACAGUGUCUCAAUCGAGAAUUGUCCGGUCGCUCAUCGAUGUGUACAAGAAUCUCGGCUGGCUGCCAGAUUGYCGGAUGAGCUUCUGUAAGGGCCUUACACAGGGCGGGUCGAAUGCGGAUGUCGUGAUUGUCGACAGCUACGUCAAAAAGCUCAGCGGAGUCGACUGGGACCAAGCAUACGCGGCGGUCGUCAAAGAUGCAGAAGAACAGCCUCCGAAUUGGGACAUUGAGGGACGAGGUGGCUUGCAGUCAUGGAAGUCGGUCGGUUAUAUCCCCUACCACGAUACUGAUCAAGGUGGCAUGCGGACGAGAUCUGUAUCCCGGACUGUGGAAUAUGCGUACAACGACUUUGUCAUUGCUUUGAUGGCGAACGGAACCAAUCGAGAGUCCGAUUACCAGAAAUAUCUUGAACGAUCGGGCAAUUGGCGAAACGUUUACAACGAGGAUCUGGAGUCAAUGGGCUUCAAAGGGUUUCCUCAGCCGAGAUUCAAAAAUGGCACCUGGGGCUUCCAGAAUGCCACCCUCUGCUCUGCGCUCAACCACUUCGACAGCUGCUACCUCAAUCCGUCUGGACAUGAGACCUACGAAGGCAGCCCAUGGCUCUAUUUGUUCUAUGUCCCGGGCGACAUGCAAGGCCUGAUCAAUCUGCUUGGAGGCCGCGACGCUUUUCUCCAGCGCCUCGACAAGCUUCACACCAGUGGAGUGCUCUAUAUGGGAGAUGAGCAAGCGUUCCUGACGGCCUUUUUAUACCAUUACGCCGGACGUCCUGGACUUUCGAGCAAGAUGACCCAUCGUUACAUCCCCUCCAUGUUCAACGACACGAUCGAGGGCAUUCCCGGCAAUGACGAUAGCGGUUCGAUGGGGGCAUUUGUAUUCUUCAGCAUGUUGGGGAUCUUUCCAAGCGCCGGACAGAGCGUCUACUUCAUCAUUCCCCCCUACUUUCGCAGCAUUAGCAUCAAGUCGCCGCAAACCGGCAAAACCGCCACGAUCAGAACGGUCAACUUUGAUCCGACGUAUCAAAAGGUGUUUGUACAGUCGGCAAAGUUGAACGGGAAGAAGUAUACGAAGAAUUGGAUCGACCAUGAGUUCUUCUUGAAGGGCGGAGUCUUGGAGUUGGUGGUGGGUGAGACGGAAAGCGAGUGGGGAACGCGAGAGGAGGAUGUUCCACCAAGUCUGUCAGUGCCAGGAGUGUAG